AUUUCUAUUUAAGCAGUUGUCCAGUCAAACAUAUCUCACAUUUCUGGCUUUCACAAGACGAGCUGAUCUUGAGAAGACGUUCAUCAGGCAACAGUCAUCUAUCUACUUUAAAGAUGUCCAAACCAACAACUCUGCAAAUAGUUGGUGGCAAAGGAGGUUCUCCAUUUUCAUUUACUGGGGAGAAAAAUGGUGCCAGUUUAGAGAAGAUAGGGGUUUGGGUGGGAGAAUCACAGGUUAAGGCUGUCAAAGUUUGGCUUUCAGAUGGCAGAAGUGAAACCUUUGGCAAGCCAGAUGGGCCGUAUCAAGAGUACAGUUUAAAGUCUGGUGAGUGUUUCACCUCACUGUCCCUCUGGGAGAACGGAGAAGGAACACGUCUUGGAGCCAUCAAAUUCAAGACCAACGAGGGUGGAGAAUUUUUUGCAAAGAUGACAAACAUGGGUUUAAAAAAAGAACAUCCCAUUGAUAUCGGCUCUGGGUUUUGUCUGGGAGUUGCAGGGGCAGCUGGUGCAGAUAUUGACGGCAUGGGAUUCAUGUUUCUCAAUGCAGUUCAAUCAGCAGUUCUCACCGAUGUCAACUAUCCCACUCUCCACCAACUGAUACCACAGGUGUCAGUGGAAGAGAUCAAAUCCGGCUCUUACACAAAUGAAACCUCCACUAACCAAGAGCAAACAAUUGAGACCUCAAAGAAAGUGACCAAAACAUCUUCAUGGUCAAUAAGUUACAGCUUUACUAAAACAUUUAGUGUGGAAGUGAAGGCAGGGAUUCCAGGGAUUAUAGAAGUUUCUACAGGAUACAGUUGCAGUGUUGGAGCAGAAAGCACUUACAGCUUUGAGUACACUGAUGAGAGAACCGAAACACUGUCUACCACUGUAGAUAUUCCACCAAGAAAGAAAGUGGAUGUUGACAUCACCAUCGGCAGAGCCGUGUUUGACCUGCCUUACACCGGCACAGUGAAGAUCACUUGCAAGAACGGCAGUGUGUUACAGUACGAAACCAAGGGCCAAUACAAAGGCGUCACUUACACUGAUUUCAAAGUGAAUACUAAAGAAUCUGAUCUGUAAUAUUAAAACAGACUGUUCUUGGUUGGGCUUUAUUGGAUUUUACCAGCAAUGUAUCAGUUGAUUUACCUUUGAUUUGUUCUGACUUCCACUGGUCCAAAUGACUCUUUGCUCAAUGAUUUUAAAAAAGAAAAAUAUAUACACAGCAUUGUCUUUUAAAAAUAAUCUUUUCUGAUUCUGUUAUAAAAUAUUCAUAUAGCUUCAUUAAUUUUGUAAUCAUCGCUACUAACGAAUUAUGUGAUUCAUCAUGUACGAAUUUCAGAUGUUUGAUCAAAUAUUUAAUAAAAGCAUUGCAUUUUAAA